AUGCUCACUUCAUUCUCAGAUAACAAGCUCGGUCCGGACGAGCUGGCGGAUGCGUAUAGAACGCAGAGCGAAGAGUCGUUCAAGAUUGGCCACUACAUGCCGCUGCUCAUGCUAGCCAAAGAGCUGCAAGUUCCCAUCUGGGGUGGAUUUCCUCCACGUGACUGGGCCAGACAGGUAUUCCGCAAUGGCGUCGACUCCAUCAAAGAACAGGAAGCGCAACGUGCCAGUGGUCGCGAGACCGAGAAAUCAUCGUCGUCGCCACCGGAUCUUUCCUCGGAGGACCAGCAACGGACUACCAAGCAGAGGCAGACUUCUGAUCUCAUCCUCAAAUCGCCGCUCUUCACAUCGUGGAGUGCGGUGACCAAGAUCGGGUCUGCUCAUAGAAGCUAUCUUUCCGGUCUCUUUCGACCAGACUUGCCGCCACGCUUUCCUGAGCUCCCGCCAGAGCCCGCCACGUCAGGUGAGGCACCAGCACGCAGCACUGGCCACUCGGAUACACAUUCGCCGAUGUAUCCCACCUGGCUUCUCAAGCCGCACAACAUCGAGACGAAAGGCUUCGGUCCAGCUCAGGCACUCAAGGACUCAUAUCUUGCCCACGUAACGACGUGGAUCCUGCGUGGCGCGCAGUCAGAAGCCUCGUUGAUAGACAGACAAGAGGUGCAGCUGACAGCGUCACUAGACGAGUCAACGCCGAACGACUCGACUGUGUCUCAGGCCGAAUUGCCCUCUACAACUGCCGACGACUCGGAUCGGCCGAUCAUUAAUGUGGCGCUGGUCGUGUGUGGCCUCGGUCACGCUGAAUACGGUUUCGGAGCGCCCGAACGUGUGGUGCAGCUUCUCUCAGAGCAUAACGCUUCAUCGGAUCAAAGCCUUGCAGCUCUGCUUCCCUACAUCAUUGCGAGUAAGCCGCUCGACUCGGGCAUAUGGCUGGGCUACGAGUAUCAGUCGCCAGACACAAAGCCUCAGGACGUCACCGCGGAGACGUCACAUCCACCUAGCGAGGUCACCCAAGCCGAGACGCUGUCGCCGGCGAACAAUUCCACCGAAGCCGUGCAGCGAUGGCUGAAUGAUCCGUGGGGGCGCAAGAUGGCUGACGCCGUGCUCUUGUACGACUGGAUUGACGACGAGCCCAAGGACGGAGCCACUGCCGACGCUGACGGGCACAAAUCGAUUUCAGCCUAG